AUGGCAACAGAAUACAUGAGCGGCGUAUGGAAGGACGGCAUUUUUAAGGACCGAGUAAUUUUUGUGACUGGUGGUGCUGGCGAUAUCUGCAGUGCUCAGACAAAAGCCAUCGUCCACCUCGGUGCCAAUGCCUGCAUUAUCGGCCGCAACGUCGAGAAGACUGAGAGGGUUGCUAGGGAAAUCGCCCAGGUUCGGCCAGGUGCCAAGGUUAUCGGCAUUGGAGCUGUCGACGUUAGAAAGUUUGAGGAUCUCAAGAAGGCUGCAGACCGCUGCGCGAGCGAGCUGGGCGCCAUCGACUUUGUGAUCGCCGGAGCGGCGGGCAAUUUUGUGGCGCCCAUCUCGGCCCUGACGCCCAACGGGUUCAAGUCGGUCAUCGACAUCGACACCAUAGGCACCUUCAACACCAUCAAGGCGACGAUGCCGCACCUGGUGGCCUCGGCGUCGCGGAAUCCGAACCCCAGCCCGACAGGGCAGACGGGAGGGCGCAUCAUCUACGUCUCGGCGACUUUCCACUACACGGGCGUGCCGCUCCAGGCGCACGUCUCGGCAGCAAAGGCGGGCGUCGACAGCCUCAUGGCGUCGGUGGCGAUUGAGUACGGCCCGUUGGGCAUCACGAGCAACGUCAUCUCCCCCGGUGGCAUUGAGGGGACCGAGGGCAUGGAGCGCCUGUCCAGCGGCGAAGUCAACAAGGACCCCAAGCUGGGCGCGGCUGGGGUCCCGACCGGCCGCUGGGGAACCAAGCGCGACAUUGGCGACGCGACCGUCUUCCUCUUCAGCGAGGCGGGCAACUACGUCAACGGCCACUGCCUGGUGGUUGACGGUGCCGCCUGGAGGGGUACCAACGCGGGCGUCGGUCUGGACCCGGGCAUGCGGUACCCCGACUUUAUCAUCAGCGGAGAGUUUUCCAAGAAUAUCAAGUCUGGAAGGAAGUCGAAGCUUUGA